UUCUCUAGUAGGAGGUUAAUUAAGAAAACUACACCUGAACUUAUGCAAAUCAUACAUAGGGAGUGAGAAUCUUUGAAAAAUUACAUGAGCAGAUUCAAUGAUGCUGCUGUUGAGAUUAGCUCAUUUGACCAAGUUGUAGGAAUCGCAGCCGUAAUUCAAGGUCUCAAGCAUGAAAGAUUCAGGGAUAAUCUCAUUAAGCACCUCUUACUUCCUUUGAUGAAGUUAACAAUAGAGCUCAGCAAACAUGCCAGAAUACUAACCUUGGUAUCUCAGCAUAAACUUAGUACCAAUCCAUUGAAGAAACUAGUAGCACAGAAACGGUGCCUCUUCGGGGGAGAGAGGCUCAAAGUAAUUAAGGAAGAGGUAGAGAAACUUCUGCAAACCGGCUUCAUCAGAAGAGUUGAUUACUGUGAAUGGGCAGCCAACUUAGUGUUGGUUAAGAAAGCUAAUGGCAAAUGGCGAAUGUGUAUCGAUUAUACGAAUCUCAACCAGGCUUGUCCUAAAGACUGUUACCCGAUGCCAAAUAUUGACAAACUAGUUGAGGCAGCUUCUGGAAAUGAGAGACUGAGUCUCUUGGAUGCAUAUUCUGGUUAUCACCAAGUCCCGAUGGCUCUCGAGGAUGAAGAGAAGACCUCAUUUUAUGCAGGAGAUGAAAUAUAUUGCUACGUCAUGAUGCCCUUUGGCUUAAAGAAUGUGGGUGCCACUUAUCAGAAAAUGGUAACCAUCAUGUUCCAAACUCAUAUUGGUAGAAACCUAGAAGUUUAUGUUGAUAACCUCGUAGUGAAGAGUUGGAAAGCCAAGGACCAUUUAGCUAACCUAGAUGAGACAUUCAGUAAUCUGAGGAAUAACUGAAUGCUGUUAAACCCAACAAAGUGUAUCUUUGGCGUGGAGUCCGACAAAUUUCUAGGCUUCAUGGUAUCUAGCAGGGGGAUUGAGGUUAACCCAGAAAAGAUUAAAGCCAUAAAAGAGAU